AUGACACACCUUAGUGAUUACAGUUUUCUGCAAAGAGCAGUUGGAUUAGUAUAUAUUUAUAUUUGGUACAUUUAUCGAGUGUAUCAAACCAAUGGAUUCAAAUGUCUAUCGUUCGCAAGUUUCAAAAGAUUAGAAUUAAAAACGAUUGUUACUGGAUUAAUAUUCUUUAUGAUACCAUUUCAGCUUUACUAUGACAUUGUGUCAUGUCGAGUUAAAUAUGAAGAAGGAUUCGUCCAAAUUGGACCUGGUAGAAUCAUUACGAAGCCUGAGCUUUUGUGGACAAAAGCAGAUAAGGAUAUCAUCAUACCCACAGAUUAUAGUAUCUGUAUUGGAUUCUCGUUACAAACAGGAACACUAUUAUUGCUGCAAUGUUUCUGGAAUUACCUCAUUAAACUCGUGGCAGGGGCAAGGUUCAUGAGUAGCAAAGAAUUUAAAGUAUAUAUUAUAUGGACUAUUGUAAAUAUUAUUUUAUUCCCUGUCUUACAAUUCAAUUUCUCAAGAAAGAUCUAUGAUUACACUUAUAAAGAAAUCAUGCCCGAGUUGGUGUACGGCAUAGAAUUAGUGGCAAUCUCGAUGUUGGGUGUUGUGUCUCAUUUUCGAUUUAGGAGGUUGUUGCAUCAAUUAAAGGACCAUAAUGAUUCUGCUUUUAUGACAUCAAGAAUUCGAUACUAUCAAGACUUGAACCUCAUCCUCUCUGUCGCUCUAUUUCUGUUUUCAAGCGCUUUGGUUGUCUUGACGGUCGACGGUCUAACAGAGGCUAAACGACUGAAUCGUAACAAGUUUGACUCUGACUUUUUGAUUUGCAAUGGUAAGUUCUGA